UGGCGGCCGCAGAGCAGUUCGGUUCGCGCACUCCUCGCCGCCCGCGCCUCCUUCGGGCUCUCCUCGCGUCACCGGAGCCAUGGCGUUCGCCGAGACCAACCCGGCGGCAUCCUCCCUGCCCAACGGCGAUUGCGGCCGCCCCGGGGCGCGGCCCGGCGGGAACCGGGUGACGGUGGUGCUGGGCGCGCAGUGGGGCGACGAAGGCAAAGGCAAGGUGGUGGAUCUGCUGGCGCAGGACGCCGACAUCGUGUGCCGCUGCCAGGGAGGAAAUAAUGCCGGCCAUACAGUUGUUGUAGAUUCUGUGGAGUAUGAUUUUCAUCUUUUACCCAGUGGAAUAAUUAAUCCCAAUGUUACCGCAUUCAUUGGAAAUGGUGUGGUAAUUCAUCUACCUGGAUUAUUUGAGGAAGCAGAGAAAAAUGUUCAAAAAGGAAAAGGUCUGGAAGGCUGGGAAAAAAGGCUUAUCAUAUCUGACAGAGCUCACAUUGUAUUCGAUUUUCAUCAAGCAGCUGAUGGUAUCCAGGAGCAACAGAGACAAGAACAAGCCGGGAAAAACUUGGGUACCACAAAAAAGGGCAUUGGCCCAGUUUAUUCUUCCAAAGCUGCUCGGAGUGGACUGCGGAUGUGUGAUCUUGUUUCUGACUUCGAGGGCUUCUCUGAGAGGUUCAAAGUUCUGGCCAACCAGUACAAAUCUAUAUACCCCACUUUGGAAAUCGACAUUGAAGGCGAAUUACAAAAACUCAAGGGUUACAUGGAAAGGAUUAAACCAAUGGUGAGAGAUGGAGUUUACUUCCUCUAUGAGGCCCUACAUGGACCACCAAAGAAAAUCUUGGUAGAAGGUGCGAAUGCAGCCCUACUAGAUAUUGAUUUUGGAACUUAUCCUUUUGUGACCUCUUCAAACUGUACGGUUGGAGGUGUCUGUACCGGGCUGGGGAUGCCCCCUCAAAAUGUCGGAGAAGUAUAUGGGGUCGUGAAAGCCUACACGACUCGAGUUGGCAUCGGGGCCUUUCCUACAGAGCAGGACAAUGAAAUUGGAGAAUUACUACAAACAAGAGGUCGCGAGUUUGGGGUAACCACUGGAAGGAAAAGAAGGUGUGGCUGGCUGGACCUCGUUUUGCUCAAAUACGCUCAUAUGAUUAAUGGAUUUACUGCGUUGGCACUUACCAAAUUGGAUAUUUUGGACAUGUUUACGGAAAUCAAAGUUGGGGUUGCUUACAAGCUCGAUGGUGAAAUCAUACCUCAUUUCCCAGCAAACCAAGAAGUCUUAAAUAAAGUUGAAGUUCAAUACAAGACUCUCCCAGGUUGGAACACAGACAUAUCAAAUGCAAGGACAUUUAAAGAGCUCCCUGUUAAUGCACAAAAUUACGUUCGAUUUAUUGAAGAUGAGCUUCAAAUUCCAGUUAAAUGGAUCGGUGUAGGUAAAUCCAGAGAAUCUAUGAUUCAACUCUUUUAAGGACCUCCAGUGACAACAAGAAACACUCCUUGAGGAGGGGGGGGAGAGGACUUUCUGAAAUACUUCAUUUAUGAUCUGCAAAUUUCGAGCAUAAAGACAUUGGAGUGAGUUUCGAGAAUAAAGACAUUGGAGUGAGUUUCGAGAAUAAAGACAUUGGAGUGAGUUUCAAGCCCUGCAGGUGUUCCCAGUCAUUUAAGGCGGCUGGCUGGUGUGGAGAGAAACUUCGGCGCGGUGCAGGGUCCGCCGCCUUCGCUGGCAGAGUCGCCGAGUCACGUUUUCCUCCUGCUCACGGUGCCACGUUUUCCUUCAGUGUUUAGUCCUAGUACGAUCCAUGUUCGAAAUCUAAGAGAAUUCCUUCCAGUGUAGUUCUUCUUCAUGACUGUCGUUGUGCUUUGUUAGGUUUUACCUCUAUUAAAUGGUAAGAACAAUUAAUGCAGUUUUGCACAAAUAUUUUUACAUUCUGGUCAUUCAAUUUGUCGUUGUAAUCUUUGCUGUUAGAAAAAAAGGAUGAAAAGAAGGGUUCUGUAAACUUUUGUAAUGCUAUAAGUUCUGUUUAACUUGUGAACUGUUUAGUUUCUGCUGAGACCAUUGCAAAUUUGAGCUUUGGCAGGGGGGGAGGGGGUUAUAUUCGUGUGUCCUUUAAUUUGUACAGAACACAAAACUUACUUCUCUCUGUAAAUUAUUUAAUACAUUGAACAUUUAAUUAAAUGUUUGGAGAAGGGCGUUCCCUAAGACAACAGUCUUAAUGUUAAAAAAAAAAAUUAGUCAUUAAAAGAUCAUUGUGCUAACUGGUGGAUAUUUUUCUUUAAUUUCAGGCAUUAACUCUGAAAUGUAUAGCUGUCGUUUUUUUUAUCUUACCAUUAUUUCUAAACCUAGUGGAUUGAUUUUUCAACAUUGUGCCUGCCGGUUUGCCUACAAAAUCAUCUAUAAGUGUCCAAAUGAAUUCAAAUUGUUGGUCAUAAUUUUGAUUGUGCCUUUAUUUUUUUUCUUUCUUGGGAAAAAAAGAGGUGUUGUUCUGACAAUUAGGCGUCACGUAGUGUGUUGUAGAUUAUCCUCUGAUGAACUAUUUUAAAUGUUUAAAUUAGGUGCCACUUAAAUUUAUUUUAUUAUGCCAUCAAUAGCUGAUUAAAAUGAACCAAAUAUUUCUAGUA